CGAAAAAUACACAUACACUUAUAUUAAUUUAACUAUAAAUAAACCCUUCAACCCAUGUCGCAGCUACAGUCAUAUGUUGAUUGCAAAGUAUCGGUUAUAAUGAACGACGGCAGACUGGUCGUUGGUAUGCUGCGGGGGCUGGACCAAACAACAAAUAUUAUUAUGCAGGGGUGUCAAGAGCGUAUAUUUUCAGAAGACGAGGGAGUGGAGGUCGUGGAUUUGGGGCUUUAUAUGAUCCGUGGAGACAAUAUUGCUAUAAUCGGGUUGAUCAACGAAGAGGCAGACAAUGCUUUGGAUUUAGAAUCAUUGCGAGGAGAGACACUACAACCGGUAAAACAUUGAAUUGUGUGCGCGAAGAGAUUGGUUUUUAGUAAAGUUUUGAUAGGUUUUUUUUGCCCAGAUAAAAAAUUGAAAUAUAAAAAAAUGGAAAC